UAGGAAUAGAAACCAGUAACUAUCAAAGAAAAUGGUUGUGUGCAAAUAUUUUCUUCGAGGGAACUGCAAGUUCGGUAGAAACUGUAAGAACGAACAUCCAAUGCAGAAUUCUUCCCAAGGCAGUUUUGGUUUUUCGAAAAAGGGACCAGGAGAAUGGAGUGAUCCUUUUCAAGCAAGAAAAGUGCAGUCGCCUUUUUCAAAUAGUUUUGGAAACUUUAAAAGUAAGGACUAUGUUGGACAAGGAAUGAGUCAAGACCCUUUUCGUUCGUCUUCCAAAGCUUCUGGCAAUGGUUUCUACCGCCAUCAACGAAGCAACGUAGCUAUGGACGUUUCUUCUUUUAACGAAGACGCAAGAGGUCGUGGCAGAGUGACUUAUCAGAGGGGUAGAGGAAGAGCCAGCUAUCAAGAGCAUGCUUUGCAGAAUAGUGGUAAUUGGACAAAAGAGGCGGAUAAUGAUUGGAUGGAAGUGUCGUGGCCUUUCACUUGUUAUGGUAUAGAGGAAAAUCCGAAUAUAUUGGAUGGUGACAUUUCUUUCGAAGAAUUGAGGACAGAAGCAUAUGCUGCUGCGUUGCAAGGAAUUGGCUUGAAUGAGAUUGUGCAAAGAGAGAGAGACCUUGCAACAGAAUAUAGAAAUAGGCAUCCGUCACAAUUUUCCAAGACAGCGAAUCCAAAUAUUGCAACUGGAAUUGUUCCAAAAGAUCCUUUUGGAAGGACAACAACUGAAAACCCAAAUAGCCAUCCAUUUCAAACCAGUAAUACUUUUGGUUCCCAUUUGAACAGUCAAGGCGGUAUGUCAAUAUUUUCUGUUCCGAAUUCUUCUGGUAGUGGAUAUUCAAACUUGUUUCAGGAUUUUCCUCAAACCAAUGAAAACGCGAAUGUGAGUUCACAGACUGAAAAGUCAAACAAUUUAGCCGACACUUCAUUAGAAUUGAAACAACCGAGUCUUCCAACUUUUAUCGAUAGCACUCAUCAGAUAACUUCAAACAAUAUUUCUUCGGUAGAGAAAAGUGAUACAAAACUGAGUCAAGAAGAUAUGCAAUAUUAUCGUGCCUCCUUAUUUCAAUUAGGUAAUGUACCAGAAAGAGCCCCUUCCAAAGAAUUGAUUUGAGCAACUCAUUUUGAAGUAACUGUUACGUAUCAG